AACCCGAAUGAGAAAUCAUUGACCUUUGACACCACUAGCUUAUUUCAGGGGCUACGUGCGCAGGGACAAAAUACAUUAUAAUAUUCAAAUUGGCGGCAGUGAGAAAUAACCUAUUGCGUGUAUUGUGGGAAAACCCGUGUUGCGAAAUGGUCUCUCGGCGUAUGGAACGCCAAUUGAACAAAAAUAGGGAUUUGGCAGUGCACUUUACACUACACGGUAUCAUUAUUGCAAGUGGCACGUUGGAGUAUUUCCCUGCGGUCUUUACUCGCAGCUCUACUGUUUGAAGGGCAACUUGUUAGACACCAAUGAAUUUACGAAGACAUACUGACAGUGACAAACUCUUGCAAUAUUGACAAGGCCAACCACAGCCCAAGGACACUGCAUCUUUCACGGAAUGAAUCAAAACCCGUGUACACGCGGUACCCGAGGUACCCGAUGAACGGGAAGUAGCGUCACCGAUAACGACUACACAGACGGUUUCAUCAGGCCCCGCCGAUAGGUCCAUUUUACCCACGAUUUGCUGUAGUCUACGUGGUUCUCCUGAAGUAUACGUAGUACCCUAGUUUCCGCCAUGAAGUGUGACAAGUGCGGCGUCCAGAAACUCUCCCGUGAGUUCCCACCGUGGCCCUUGGUGGAAUCCUGUGACCACGCUAUUCUGCACUGUCUGAGGUGUGUCACAGCACAUGCUGAACAACACGAGCAGUGCUCUCAGUGUGAGAACAAAGUCAGCAAAACCUCCAGUCGUCUGAAACAGUGCUACUGCCAACUCAAGGCCCUUUUUCCCGAGUACGAGCCCACGUUUGUGCCCCAGACCACAGCGAUGGCGUCCGGCGAGAGAGGCUACGUCAGCAUGGCCAUGUUGAACGGCGACAGCACCAGUGUGGAGCUGAAUCCGUCCAUGACAGUCUCCAGACUCAGGGAGAUUGUCAGACAGAAUCUGAAGGUGCCACUGGAGAAUCAACAGCUGAUUUACAACGGCAAAGAAAUGAAGGAAGUCACCGAUUCACAUGCCCAGGCGACUCUUGCCUUUUACCAGGUUGCUCCUAAAACGACCAUCCACGUCCGGAGGCUUCUUUACUCGGUGCCUUCUGGUCUGGACAAGGUUGUCUUCGACCUGUACUGGGGGUAUCCAGCAAGCGGACAAGACUAUCUUGACGCGAGUGUUCUGAUCUUCCAAGGGGGCCAUUUUCUAGGUGUUCUUGAUUACAGGAAUAGAGAACAGUCCGCUAUGCGGCAUUCGGGAGAUCUUAUGGACAAUUAUGCACGUAAGGGUCACCACUUGAUCAACGUGAAUCUUCACAGCAUCCCAAGUUCAAUCACCCACUUGUUCUUCACUCUGAGCGCUUGGGCCUCUCCCACAGUCUCCAAGUACCCAAAUCCCAGCCUGCGGUUCUACGAGGAGUCCAACCCUGGCAAGAUGCUCUGUGAGGACACUAUAAAGAAACUGAACUACUCCCAGGCCAUAGUCAUGGGCUGGUUGGCCAGGCAGGGCGGCAACUGGUGCGUCUUCAGUGCUGGCAAGCCAUCUGCUGGCAAUGCCAUGGACUACAGCUGUCUGGUGUCAACAAUACAGGGAAUUAUCACAAAUGGAUUGUAAAAGGGCAGAGACAGCCAUGAUUAUAAGAAUGUGCCAAGAAAAAGAGAUGGUUGUUGAAUCGGGAAGCGCAGACCAAAGUAGUUUACCCUAUAUGUACCUUUAAGGCCUACAUUGAAAUUUAAAAAAGUGCUAAUUAAAAAUAUCUUCAAAGUUUCUGAAUCUAUAAAUACAUGUUGUUCAACAGUUGGCCCUCUUAUUAUUCACUAUGCAUGCCCCUGCCCCCUGCCAAUGUAAAUAUUUGAUGUUAUUAAAAAAAAAUAUUUUAAAGAGAAGUAGAUUUGUAGAUCUGAAGGGGUUGCAUUUGAUGUUCAAAAUUGUAUGAAAUUUAAAAUAGUGGUUUUUUUUUCAUUUUUCUUCAAAAUAAGAUAAACUGUUCAAGUUUUUAAGUUCCAAGUAAUUAAGCAUACAUGCAAUGCAUACAUUAACAUGUUUUGAAGACUGAAGCUGGCGUAAAGAUGGAUUCGCAAAAAUGUAAUAAAACACAUGUAUUUGAGUGACUUCAACAA